AUGGGAAGUAUAUCUACUGCAUCCUCUCUCUCUCUCUCUCUGUCUCUGUCUCUCUCUUUCUUUCUCUCUCUCUCUCUCUAUAUAUAUAUACCGCAUUCUCUCUCUCUCUCUCUCUCUCUCUCUCUCUCUGCCAAAUCUCUCUCACCUUCUCUCUGUCUCACGUUCUCUCUCUCUCUCUCCAUCUCUCUCUCAAAAUCCAUCUCUCUCUGCCUCUCCUCUCUCUUUUUCUCUCCUCACCGUCGUUCUAUCUUCUCCCCUCUCUCUCUCUCUCUCUGUGUCUCUCUUUCUCACUCCCCCUCUGUCCGCCCAUCGUUCUCUCUCUCUCUCACCAUCUAUCUAUCUAUCUAUCUAUCUAUCUAUCUAUCUAUCUAUGUCUAUCGUCCUCUCUUUUUUUCUCCCACUUUCUCUCAGUGUCUCUCGUUCUAUCUCCUUCCCUCUUUUUCUCUGUCGUUCUCUCUCUCUCCCUCACUCUCUAUCUCUCGUUCUCCCUCUGCCUCUCUCGCUUUCUGCAUCUCGUUUUCUCUCUCUCCCUCACUCUCUGUCUCUCGUUCUCCCCCUGCCUCUCUCGCUCUCUGCAUCUCGUUUUCUCUCUCUCUCUCCCUCCUUCUCUUCCCGUCUCUCGUUCUCUCUCUCUACCUCCCUCUCUCUCCGUCUCUAAACGUGUGUAUUUGUGCAUCACACUCACUCUCUAUCUCUCACUCAGUGUUUCACUCACUCACUCAUGCAUUCAUUCUCUCUCUCUCUCUCUUUCUUUUUUCUCUGACACUUUCCCUCACUCAAUCCUACUCACUCUCUAUCUAUAUCUAUUUCUGUUUUCUCGUUCCCUUUCCGUUUUUCUCGUUUUCUGUUUGUAACGUUCUCUUUUUAUCUCUCUCUCUCUCUCUCUUUCUCUCUCUCUAUCUAUCUAUCUAUCUAUUUCUCUUUCUUAUUCUUUUCCUUUUCUCCACACAUAUUCUCCCUCUCUCUCUUUCUCUCUCUUUCUCUCGCACUAAUUCAAUCUAUCUAUCUAUCUAUCUAUCUAUCUAUCUAUCUAUCUAUCUAUCUAUCUCAUUCUGUCUCUUUGGACAGCUUUUUCUGUAUUUUCCCAAUAUCUAUUUAUCUAUCUAUCAAUUUAUGUCUCUCUCUUUGUCCCUCUCUUUCUAUUUCUUAUUCUUUUCUUUUUCUCCACACUCUUUCUUACUAAUCCACUCAUUUAAUCUAUCUAUCUAUCUAUCUAUCUAUCUAUCUAUCUAUCUAUCUAUCUAUUUCUGCUUCUCUCAUCUUUCUUUGUUUAUUUAUUUCUCUCUCUCACUCUCUCUCUCUCUCUCUCUCUCUCUCUCUCUCUCUCUCUCUAUCUGUGAGGCGUAG